CGGUUUGUUUUUCGAACCCUUUGCUCCGCCUCUUCCAUCCCCAGAGAGCCCAGACGGCCCACGCAGGUCAAAAGAGAUGUGGUCCGAGAUUCAAAGCGAGCAGUGCUAAAAAACCAUCAAUACAAAGACCAAGGAAUCAAUGUAUGGGUGAACGCAAACCUAUGGAAGAUACCGUAUUAAAGACACCGAAGGUGUCCACUACCGGGUUUGAAAAAAGGAGACAGUGGCUUCCAAGAGAAGGGGACAGUCUCUCGUCAAACCCCCAAUGUUUGGCUGGGUACACUGCCUUAACCACCUGCGCUACGGAGAGUUCUGAGCGAGGUCUGGUUGUGUUGUACAGUGCUCGUUGGGAACAGCCUUUAUUUGAGCUUGCCGCCAUUGGCAGCGGACAAUGGGAUGGUCGGCAGAGGGAUUAACUAAAGCUGAUUUCCUCCCAUAUUGCUAGCAAAAAAUG